UCUACCAUGAGUUGAUCAUAGUUGUUGUUUUUUUUAUGUCAAGUUCUAUUUACUAAAUAAUAAUGUCACGAAUCGUUGGUUUUUUUAAAGUAAUUAGAAAUAAUUGGAAAAAAUCAGUUGUUGGUGCUGGUGUAUUAUCUUAUGGUGUUUCACAUGGACUAGAAACUUAUCAAACUAAUUUAUUAAUGAGAUCAUAUUGUGAAGAAGCUGUUAAAUUUGGUGAUGAAGCAUUACCAGCACAUCAACGUCCACGACAUAUUACUGUCAUUUUAAAUCCAACAUCUAACAAAAAAAAAUCUAAAAAGCUAUUUGAAAAAUAUUGUGAACCACUUUUACAUCUUGCUGGAAUUGCUGUAACAAUAAUACAAACUGAACAAGAAGGACAAGCACGUGGAAUAAUUGAAAAAUUAAAUACACAAACUGAUGCAAUUAUUGUUGCUGGUGGUGAUGGUACAUUGUCAGAUGUUGUAACUGGUCUUAUGAGAAAAUACAAUGGAAAUUCAGCAUAUACAAAACAAUGUCCAAUUGGAAUUUUACCACUUGGUGAAAUAAAUAGAACAGCAAAUCAUUUAUUUAAUAAAAAAUAUGAUAAUUUAUCACUAGUUCAUCAAUUAGCUGAUGCAACAAUGGCUACAAUAAAAGGAUCAACUAAAUAUAUUGAUGUUGUUGAGCUUGAAUCACUUGAGAAUCCAGAUCCAGAAAAUCCUAUAAAACCUAUAUAUGCAGUUGGACAAAUUGAAUGGGGUGCUUGGAGAGAUGCAAAUGCUCAAAAAGAUAAAUACUGGUAUUUAGGAUCACUUCGAAGAUAUGCAACAUUUGUAUUUUGUGGAUUAAAAAAUAAUUUAAAUUGGAGUAUUGAUGGUACACUUAAAUAUACUGAUCCAUGUAGUGGAUGUUCUCGUUGUUAUCAAGAUAUUAGAAAUCAACAAAAUAUAACAUCUUCUAAAAAAUGGUGGCAUGUAUUUAUACCUAGAAAAACUGGUUAUUAUGAUGAAAAUAAAAUUGAUUAUAGUAAAAUAAUAAAUAAUAAAUGUGGUGAAUAUAAAGAAAUGCCAAUUUCAUCAACAGAAUUAUCUUUAAUAUCAAGUAAUUUAUCUGAUAAUUCAAAUGAUACACAAUCAUCAGUUAAAAUAUAUUUAGGCCCUGAGCAUGUGACUUAUAUGGAUUUUGUAAAAGAAGGCUGGAGACGAAUAAAAGGUGAAAAAAAUCUAGUUAUUAAAACUUUAGAAGCCAAAGAUAUCGAACUUUUUCCAAACGCUAAUUUGAAACAACAAGGACAACAACAGUAUUUUUCAAUUGAUAAUGAAGAGUAUGAAGUUAAACCAGUUAAAUUGAGAUUAUUUUCAAAUGCUGUAAAGAUUUUUGUAUAAUUAAAUAAUUUAUAAAGUUUAACUUUUUAUUUUAAAACUAUUUUUCCUAC